GCUCGAAUAGGGCAAUCCCUCCAAUUCCAAAAAGCACAAUGGCCCUCCUGCCCAGCACGAAGCGCCUUAUCGACGGUCUCUUCAGCGCCACAGCGAUGGCACGUACACACCUCAGCCGCUCCAUCACGCUAGUGGAGUCGACCCUUCCGAGGGACCGCAUGCAGGCUGAACUUCUCCUGGACCAUGUAUUAGCGCAGCGAAAAAUCCAUCACACUGCGACGAAACCUUCCUUUCGUGUGGGGAUCGCCGGUCCGCCUGGGGCAGGAAAGUCAACGUUCAUCGAAGCGUUGGGUUUGUCUCUGACCAAGAAAGGACACAAAGUCGCGGUUCUUGCAAUCGAUCCAUCAUCCUCCGUCACAGGCGGAAGCAUCCUCGGCGACAAGACUCGAAUGACUCACCUGGCGAAUUGCCCAGACGCCUUUGUUCGACCGUCUCCCACGCGUGGUACCCUUGGUGGUGUGGCUCAGCAUACAAACGAAAUCGUGUUGCUGUGUGAGGCCUGUGGAUACGACAUCGUAUUGGUCGAGAGCGUGGGGCUGGGACAGAGUGAAAUCGUUAUCGACGACACGGUGGACUUUGUCAUGCUCAUGGUGCCUCCCGCUGGUGGCGAUGAGCUCCAAGGAAGCAAGAAAGGCAUCAUGGAAAUCGCCGAUAUUGUUGUCGUGAACAAGGCGGACGGCGAACUCAAAAGCGCUGCCAAGCAUACUGCCGUGGACUACAUGCAUGCGUUGCAGCUGGCGCGACGCAAGGACCCUGCGUGGAAGCCUGUGGUCAAGAUGUGCUCUGCAGUGGAAGGCGACGGGGUGGACGGCGUGUGGGACGUCCUUACGGAAUUUCGGCAGGUGAUGGCAACCAAGAUAGAGGAGAAGCGGAGUCGCCAGGCGUCGAGGUGGAUGUGGAACCAGCUCACGGAGGAGUUGAUGCUCCUGGCCAAGAAAAAGGCUGCCGCGGAGGCACAGCGUUUGACACCAGACCUCGCGCACGGCUUCAUUAGUCCGCGGUCCGCGGCACAUCACUUGAUGGAUGCCAUCUUUAAGAACUCCAAGUAGCUGUAGUAAUGUCAAAGGCAGACGAGGACGGACGCAGGAACUGAUGUACAGAUUACGAUGGCCACUAAGUGGAUUUGACAUGGACAAAGGAAAACCCCGAUGAGGCAGGUGGGCCCUUCUCGACGCACAGUCGUUUGGGAUGGGUGGUGGCGUACCACGCCAGUACUUGGAGCGCGCACACUUCUGCGUCGUCGAGAGACUGACGUGCGGACGGCGAUACGGCGCGGAGGACUUCAUCAGGCGAUGGCAUCGUCCGCUUCUUGCUUGUGUCAAUGGACGAUAAUGAGUCUGUGUCUAAGGAGGAAUGAGUUGCAUGCACGACUCUGUGUCAACGAUGUACCACUGAGUUGCCCGUCCUCUGACGGAACGUCCGUGGUGGUUCCAUCCUUGGCAAGUUUCGCGAAGUACUUUUGCGCGUGAGAUCGGAUCUGUGCUGAUGUGCGUGUCUUUAUUUUGGCCGCAACCUUCUUCCAUUCGCGGCCGUGCUCUUGUAACCCUGCAAGGAAGCUCUCAUGCUCUUCGUCUGUCCAUCGACCACCGUUUAUGGUCUUGCCGGCUCCAUAGCUCGGAGCGACGGCGCUGGGGCUGCUCUCCAUCGUG